UUCCUCUGAGCUGGCAACUCCGCCGGAGCACGCGGCAUAAAUUCAUCUUGUUUUUUUGUUUGUGCGUAUUAAUAUGUUUUAAAGCUCAUUUACCAAACCGAAAAUGAAACGCUCAACUGUGAAAGUGGACGAUGACACCGGGGAGUCUUUGGCCAAGAAGCAGCUGCAGUCCAAGGCCAAUUCCCUGCUAAAUGCCGAGAAAGUGGACAUCAAAACGCUCAAGGGAUUCGUACAAUUGCUGAAGAACACGCCCGACAAUAUGCCAGCUGGCGAGGUGAUGAAUACACUCGAGGUGAUAUUCAAGAACCUGCUAAAGCGAAAGGCAAUCGCCGGCCCCGAAAGGCAGGGCCUCAAAAUCCAGGAACUGUACGAGGAAACUUGGUUGCUGCUCAUAGAGCAUCUCCUGGUUGACUCGGAGAGUUCCGUUGCUGUGAAAGUGUGCAUGCAGCUCAUCAAGGUGGAGGCCAAGCAUCCCAUAGCACCCAACAAGGGUUGGCCCACCCACCGGAUUCGCGGAAUGCUGGAAACCCUAAUAAAUUGCGACGCAACUCCCACAACAGCACUGGCAAACUAUGGGAAAUACUGCAAGAACCUAGAUGUAUUGGAGAUAACCCUGAAGCAAUUGAAAUCCUUAGUGCCCGGUGAGGACUUCAAGGACAGCCCCAUUAAGGCCAUGAACUUUCUGUCCAUUGUAAACCUCUUGGAUAUGGGAAAGUCUGUGCUGAGCACGGCGGACUACCACGUGGAAAGCGCCAAAAGACAGACUUUUAACUACGAGCUAAAUCGCAAAAGACUGAAUGAUCUCUGGGUGAGUAUUAUGGCAAAGGGCAACGAAGUGGACGAGAAACUGCAUCGUCAAAUACUGGUGGUGCUGCUGGAGCGCGUAAUCAACCACCUGAACGAUCCCAUCCAGCUGACCGACUUCCUCAUGGACUCCCUGCACCAGUUUGAUGGCCCCAUUGCCUUGCUGGCUCUUCAGGGAAUCUUCACGCUCAUGCAAAAGCAGAACAUCACCUAUCCAGAUGUGUACGAGAAGCUGUACAACAUGUUAUAUCCCCGGAUGUUCCAUAACAAGUACAAGGCACGCCUGUUCUACCUGGCCGAUAUCUUCCUGACCUCCACCCACUUGCCAGAGAAUCUGGUGGCGGCAUUCGUGAAGCGCCUCGCCCGCCUGGCCCUUCAAUCGCCGACCGAAGACGCCGUUAUUAUGAUCCAAUUCGUUUGCAACCUGCUAUUGAGACAUACUGGAUUGCAGAAAUUGAUUCGCGCCAGUCAUGCAGCCGAUGAGCUCAGCGAUCCUUACAACCCAACAGAAACGGAUCCCGUCAAAUCGGAGGCCAUGAACAGUUCGCUGUGGGAAAUCACGCUGCUGCAGAAACACGUUGUUCCAGAGGUGGCCAAUGCUGCCCGGUUUAUCAACUCCUCGCUGCCCGUAAUGGAAUUCGACUUAGCACCCCUCUUGGACAGAAAGGAGUGCAAUAUUUUCGACGACGAAUUACAGUCGAAGGCCAAACAAUUUGCUCUGAACUACGAACGUCCUACCAAUUUGGCUUUGCCUAAAAACCAAUUCGUGACCAAGUACUGGGACCUCAUCUAGAUUAGUGUUACUAUGCUAAGUUUAAGCAGGAUUAAAGUGCUGCCUGUUAUUGGGCUGCUGAUGUGCCAACUCGGCCUGAAACCAA